AGAUCUAAGUUGGCUGUGUUGACGGUGCAUAGAAACCUAGCAAAAUGACAGACGAUACGUAUCCCAAGACACUGUACGUGGGCAGCCUCGACACAUCAGUAACGGAGGAGCUGCUAUGCACACUGUUCAGUCAGAUGGGCACAGUGAAGAGUUGCAAAAUUAUACGCGAAGGUACGAUUGAUCCAUUCGCUUUUAUCGAGUACGAUAAUCAUCAGUCGGCCCAGACGGCACUUUCGGCCAUGAACAAGCGCAUGUUUCUGAAGAAGGAAAUCCGGGUGAACUGGGCAACGAGCGCGGGAAAUCAGCCGAAAACGGACACGAGCCAACACCAUCACAUUUUCGUCGGCGAUCUCAGCCCAGAAAUUGACACAGAAACGCUGCGGGAAGCGUUCGCGCCAUUUGGCGAAAUCUCCAACUGUCGCAUAGUGCGUGAUCCCCAAACGCUCAAAUCCAGGGGGUACGCGUUCGUAUCGUUUGUGAAGAAGGCCGAGGCAGAAAAUGCGAUCACUAUAAUGAACGGUCAAUGGCUUGGAUCGAGGUCGAUCCGAACGAACUGGUCGACACGGAAGCCGCCAGCACCUAGAGAGAACUCUAAAGGAAUUAAAACGGGCAAAACACCCGGUUUUGAGGAAAUCUACAACAACACCAGCCCAACCAACACGACUGUCUAUUUUGGCGGGUUUCCGCCAAAUGCAAUAACUGACGAGCUGAUACAGAAACUUUUCGCACAGUUUGGGCACAUCAACGACACGCGAGUGUUCAAAGACAAGGGCUACGCGUUUAUCCGGUUUGCGAGCAAAGAAUCGGCCGCUCGCGCCAUUGAAGGUAUACACAACAGCGAGGUUCAGGGACAUCCGGUCAAGUGUUACUGGGGCAAGGAGAAUGGAGGGGACGUGAACAGUAACGGCAUGAACGCAUCCGCGAUUGCAGCGGCUGCCGCCUCCGGUAUGAUCGGCAUGAGCAUGAAUGGCAUCGUCAGCCCUCUGCAGCCUAUGCAGCCGAAUGCGGCGGCUGCUGCUGCUGCUGCGGCUGCCGCCGUCGCUCAGCAGCACAGUGCCAAUCCACAGCUUACGCAGGCCACGGCGGCGGCGGCUGCAGCCGGUGCCCAGUAUCCUUACUCGGCCGCAGCCUACGGUCAAAUGGCGUACUGGUUUCCGGGAGGAUACCCACAGAUACAGACACAGUACAUGCAGCAAGGGUAUUACACUUACCCGACCGCCUAUGCUCCAGCAGCUCCACAGCAAACUGGUACAGCAGGCUACCGUAUGAUGCAACCAAACAUGGCGGCUGGCUGGGGCAUGCAAACCGUCCCGACGGUAGCAACGAAUGGUGCGGCGGCGGCAGCAGCAGCAGCAGCGGCUGCAGCAUCCUCACAGCAACCCGUGAUGUAUGCACCGUUGCCGCAGUUCCAAACGCAAUGAGAACUAUUGAAAAAUUACACCACCAGCAACGACAUCAGCACCGGCAUAAAACCAAGCGCUCACAAUUCCAAGAACCACGCUAGUAGUAUCAGUAAUAUGAAAAAGUUUAACAACAGCCUCCUAAACCUAGUUUCACCGCCGCCGUCAGCAAUGGCCGGCAAUAGCAAAACCAACUUUUGCUUGCUGCCCAACCUGCCCGUUCCUUCCGUUGCAUCAGGAUCUUUGUUACCUUCGAACGCAAUCGACAGUCUGUCCGUAUCGUCUGCUGCCGGUACCAACAAUAGUGUGGGAUCCCUACUGCUCGGCAAUAAUAGUUCCACUAAAAACAGCUCGACUGUUGCGGCAAUGGUUGCCGCUUUUAAUAAUAAAGGCAUCCAACGACAGCCUUCAGCAACGGUGGUUUCGUCCUCCCAGCUAAUGGUGGCUCACUCGAACGGAGUAAACGAUGGAGGCGGUGGAAGCACUCUGCUUUUAGGUGGCACCCAUCAUCGUCAUCAACGUCUUCCACUCAAUCCGUCGACGUACACGGCGCAACAGUCCUCUGCACACCAAAUGACGACGGCAAAUGCGAUAGCGGUGGCUAUCGCAGCAGCGGCCGCAGCAACCGCAGCCCAACAAC